UUUAGCUGCGCGAGCAGGGGGGCCGCGGCGGUGUUUCGGAGCGCCGUCUAGUUAGUCGCUAGUGACCUGCGCUUGGAGCGUUAUGCAGUCCUCUCUCACAAUUUGUGCACGGUGUUGAAUGUUCCCCAUGACCCAGUGGCCUUAGAAGAGCACUUUAGGGAUGAUGAUGAAGGACCAGUUUCCAAUCAGGGUUACAUGCCUUAUUUAAAUAAAUUUAUCCUGGAAAAGGUUCAAGGAAACUUUGACAAAGUUGAAUUCAAUAGGAUGUGCUGGACGCUCUGUGCUAAAAAGAAUCUCUGUAAGAGUCCUCUGCUGAUUAGUGAUGAAGAUGCAUUUAAAGUGUGGGUUAUUUUUAACUUUUUGUCAGAGGACAAAUACCCUUUAAUCAUUGUACCUGAGGAGAUUGAAUAUUUGCUUAAAAAACUCACCGAAGCAAUGGGUGCAGGCUGGCAGCAAGAGCAGUUUGAUCAUUAUAAGAUUGCUUUCAAUACCAGUCGAGAAGGUCUUUCUGCGUGGGAGCUGAUUGAUCUCAUCGGAAGCGGACAGUUCAGUAAAGGGAUGGACCGACAGACAGUAUCGAUGGCAAUUAAUGAAGUCUUUAACGAGCUCAUAUUAGAUGUCCUUAAACAGGGUUAUAUGUUGAAGAAAGGUCACAAAAGGAAAAACUGGACAGAACGAUGGUUUGUUCUAAAACCCAAUAUCAUUUCCUACUACGUAAGUGAAGAUUUAAAAGACAAGAAGGGAGAUAUCAUGCUGGAUGGCAACUGUUGUGUAGAGGCCCUGCCUGAUAAAGAUGGAAAGAAAUGCCUUUUUCUCAUAAAAUGUCUUGACAAAAGUUUUGAGAUCAGUGCCUCUGAUAAGAAGAAGAAACAGGAGUGGAUUCAAGCCAUACAGACCACUGUAAACCUGCUCAGAAGGGGGAAGCCUCCACCCCACAAGGAAGCACGCCAAAAACGGAAAGAAUUACGCCAGAAACUGUUAGCUGAGCAAGAAGAAUUGGAGCGGCAGAUGAAAGAAUUGCAAACGGCCAAUGAGAACAAGCAGAAGGAGCUGGAGACCGUGAGAAAGCAACUGGAAGCAGCAGCUGCACGUGCUGCCGAGGAGGAGAAGAAAAGACUUCAGACUCAAGUGGAAUUACAAGAUCGCUUCAGCCUGGAGCUGGAGAGAGAAAAAAUGGUAAGACAAAAAAUGGAAGAGCAGGUUGCUCAGAAGUCGUCUGAACUGGAACAGUAUUUACAGAGAGUACGUGAACUGGAAGAAAUGUAUAAGCAGCUACAGGAAGCCUUGGAGGAUGAGAAACAGGCACGUCAAGAUGAAGAGACUGUAAGGAAACUUCAAGCCAGAUUACUGGAAGAAGAGUCUGCAAAGAGAGCAGAACUGGAAAAAUGGCACUUGCAGCAGCAACAGACCAUUCAGAUGACAGAAGCAGAGAAGCAAGAGCUAGAAAACCAGAGACUGAUAAAGGAACGGGCUCUUCAGGUUGCUAUGCAACAACUGGAACAGCUUGAACUGGAAAGGAAGGAGGCCCUUGAGCAGUAUGAGGAGGUUAAAAAGAAGUUGGAAACAGCAGCUAAUAACACCAAAAGUUGGAAAGAUAAAGUAGCUCAUCACGAGGGACUAAUUCGACUAAUAGAGCCAGGCUCCAAGAAUCCUCACUUAAUCACAAACUGGGGUCCAGCAGCCUUCACUGAAGCUGAACUUCAGCAAAGACAAAAGAGCUGGAAGGGGAAAAAGGCCGCUUCUGAGUAACAACAACGGUGGAUGGUCGUUGAAAUACCAUUCGCAAACAGAAGCCCACCUUUGUUCUUUCUGCUUCGCACGGAACAGCUUGCUUAUUUGCUUAUGCAGAUCUCAGUUUACUCAGCAGGUUGGGCCUUUUUACAAAGGAAAUACUAUUUACCACAUAGGAGUAUCUGUUCAGAGCUUGAUUAUUAUAAUACGUGGUGUUUGACAAUACUCGCUGUUUUCCCUCACAUUUCUAGAAUUCUUCUAUAGAGAACUUGUCAACGGAAAAUUUUUAUUUAACUGUAGCGUCUGACAGAGUUGUUCCUAUGCUAGCUUGUAACAAUCUGACAGCAUCUAAUCCAUCAGGCAGUGUCACUUUCGAAAAAUGAGGGAAGCAGUUGUUACAUUGGUUCAGUUAGUUGGUAUAAUUUAAACCCAGGAUCAAUUACUUCUGAAGUUUCCGAACAACUCUGAGAUAUAAAGCAUUACCUUUCUUUCCACUGAGUCGUCUUUUGUUUUUUCUCUGCCUGUUGCUCUUUACAUGGUGGGGUUAGUGCUCAAAUAUGUUCUUCCUUAGUGAGGGGCAGACUGGCACCAGCGGGUGCCAGUUGCUGCUGACCAGCUUGUCUGGUUUCAUGUCCUGUUUUCAUCUGUUUGCAGGAAUCCAGACAAAAGAAUUGUAAAUAAGCAUGUGCAAAAUGCUGCCAUAAAGCAUUUGGAAAAAGCAGUGAUGCAAGAUUUUCCUUGCACUGCUCCGUACUUGGGAAGUGCUUUUUUUUUUUUUUUUAAAAAAAAAAGGGAAGAAGAAGAAGAAGAAAAAAAAGGGAGAGCACCUUGAAAACCAUAUGCUUUCCAUUCGUCCUUUAAAAGUUGCAAAAUUUUGACUUACAGAUUUCUGGAGAGGAUGAAUGGAAGAUGAUAGCACAUACAGGCCAAGUAUCAUCUGUAUCAAAGCUGUGUUUAUACAAGAAAUCUGAUUAUAACAUGCCUGUGUUUAGAUGCAGCAUUCCGUCUUGUCUUAUUCUUCACUGGAGCACAGAUUCUGGAAAAAGUAGUAAUACAAGAAGAAAACUAAAUUUCACAUUUUUAUGAGAUGAAAAACGACAAAUAGGUAGCAGUACUGCUUUAGAAAAAAAGUACUUGGUGUCAAUGAAGUGAUUUCAGUAUUUCUAGUAACUAAAGCAUUCCAAAAAGCCUGCUUACUGCUUUUCCUCAAAAUUCUCUCUAGGGAAAAGCCAGUUACUUCUGUUUCUUUAGGGAACGGGAACAAGUGUGAUUUCGCUUUGCAGAAGUUCUACACCAGAGAAGUCAGUCUACUGCUAAGUGAAAUAAUGCUCAUGCUAAACUGCACAGACAUUUUGAGAAAUGAGAUCCCUUGUGAGCAGCAGGUGCCCAGCGGCGUAGCUUGUUAGUCAGCUUUGACCUUUGUAUGUACACCAAACAUGUACACUGAGCUUUGAGCACUUAGCUGAACUAACAAGUAAGUGUUAAAUUAUUUUCAGUAAAUAUGAAGUGAAUGUUUAAGACAGAUAACCAGGACCUGUGUCCAGCGCUGUGAUACUCGGAUCUCAGAAGAGCAGAAGCAGCAGUACAAAGCUGAUCUUCAGAUGUGAAAGGCAAUAGCAUUUUAUUUGCCUGUUAAUUAAGACUCACUCAAAUACUGGAUCUUCUCAGACGUUUACUCUCUGCGGUUAUAUUUUUAUACUAAUUGAAAUUUUUAAUGUUUUGGUAAAGAGUGCUCAAGAGGAAAUCCAGUAUCUUCCUAUUUAUAUUUACUGUACAGGAAAACAGUAGUUCUUUAGCUUGCUAACAAGGCCUUUAAAAAACUGAUUUUGUUUACAGAAGAAAUGUGAAAAAACUGUAAUAGAAAUACUAAUGGAUACAUUGUUAACCUUUGCUAAAGGAGAUGGAACAGUAUUUUUAACUACCCAACACCUUUUUACACGGAAAGCAGAAGGUGUAUUGGGCUAAACUCCCCCUCUCCCCCCCAAACAGUCUUUAUUUUGGACAACUAUUUUUUAAGAACACCAAAUGAUGCAUGUUUUCCUCCUUUUUACUGUUCUUUAGAAUUGGCUAUUUAAUAAAGUAAUGCAGAGUCAUUUACAAAUUAA